AUGUUCCAGAGCAACAUCCCCAGCAAUGCCUCGGCUACAACCAGGCGACAAGCUGCGAGACAGAGCAUCAUUAGGCUUUCUUUUCUUGAAAACAGUAGUGAGGCGCAUCUAAUGACAGCACGCCGUACACCAGUUAAAAAAAUUAUUGUGCCCCUUUCUAUGAAUGAGAGAGCAUUUCUUCAGAAAAUUAGAGAAACUUUUCCAAUAAUGGGAGAGGGGGGAAUUGAAAUGUGCAGAGUUGACAGAAGGCGAAGGAUCCUUCCAGUUCCGCUGAGCUCUGUUUGCCCUGCAUCCAUAAAAGCAUGCCCAGAGUUUGGCAGGUCGGCAAUAUAUGUACGUCUUAAGGACACAUCCAGAUUGACUGGUGUACAACAUGACAACAGUAAUCCUGGUGUACAACAUGACAACAGUAAUCCUGGUGUACAACAUGACAACAGUAAUCCUGGUGUACAACAUGACAACAGUAAUGAGAAUUCCCUCAGUGGAACAGCAGAAGUCUUAAGUAAUCCAGAAACAUGUAAUAGGGAACAUCAGCGGCGCCAGAUGGAAACCUUGGAACAAAGACGAAGACAGAAAAUUGCUGAAAGGAGGAUGCAUUUAAGUGGUAUUACUGAGCCAGAGCAAGGCAUUUUACUACAGUUUCAGUACCCUGAUGGUUCCAGGAAAACUAGGAGAUUUUUGGAGUCUCAACCAGUUCAGGACCUGUUUGCCUUUGCUGGUUCAGACAAUAUGGCUAGUGAAGUGUUUUCUGUACAACUGGCCUGGUCAUCAAAUCAGAUACUUAGCACUGCUGAUGGCAGCCUCUCCAAUCAUGAUAUCAGUAGCCCCUCAACCUUGUACGUGCUUUGGAUGUCAAGUGUUCAAAUAGAGGGAUUAACUGCAUCCAGUGGUGAAUCUUCAGAUAUCCAGUCAACUGCUGCUCAGAACCUAGCAAACAUUCAGGUCCCCACCCAGUCUUCAGUAGAGUGUAUUGGCUCCUCUCCCAGUCCACCUCCUGUUCUUCCACUACCAGCUGUCCCUUCUUCUCCCGUUCUUCAACCACAACAGGAAACUAGUUGUUCACCCUCAAUACCACUAUGUGAAGAUUCAGAAGAUGAGGAGAUUGUGGAAAUGCUAACCUCACCUGUGCAUUCUGACUUCGAAGAUAUUGUAAGUAUGCCAGAUCAGUCAAAGGACUAG